UGGGAAGAAGCUAUCAGCGUGUUCAUAAUAUUCCCAGUUUGCAAAGCAUUCAGUUCACUAAAUUUCGGUCUUUUUCUUUCAGACGAUUUUUAGUCAUCAAAAUUGAAAAUUCCAAAAUUCGGUUCGGAAAUUUUAGACUUAGAAGCCGGGAAUUCCCCCAAAAUUAUAGUUUGUUUGAAGGAAGUAUUUAGUUAAGAUUUCGGCAAAAUGAAUUCCACUUUUAAAGUGGCUCGAGUGGGCCUAAAUCGUUGUUGGCGGUUCGUGAGCCAGAAAGCCAGGGGUGAAGUUUCUGGAGUGAAGCGAUUGCCAGUGGCUUCCGGUCAAAAGCGUCGUUAUGCCGAAAGAUAUACCUUCGACGACAAAACCCAGGCUCAAAUCGAGGGCUUAAGAAGGGAGGCUGGUGAGGCUCCUCAGGAAUCUCCUUGGCGCGAUAGCGAGUGGAGUGCCGAUUUUCCCGAGCGCUUGAACGAGUUGGGCUACGAGUCACACUGCAACGAUCGGCUGUAUAUAGCCAAGAACAAGCACCGGGACGCCCGGGAAAAAUACAUAAUGGAGAGGGAGGAGCGACGUCUGGAGGCCCGAGAAAGGUUCGAUAGUCACUUUGCGCAGAGUUCAAUGGAACCGGAAGCCAUGCGCAGGCGCACCAUUUCGCAAGAUCCCGUCGAUCAUCAGAAGCGUCAGGCGGCAAUUAUCGAACAGAACCGCCGCAAGUGGCAGAGCCGUCCGGAAUCGAGGCGGGAAACCAAUACCUCGGGGAUAACCUAUCGCCCAGACCGCCAAAAACAAAAAAAACUCGAAGAGUAUUUGCAAAGCGAAGCGGAGGACUUUCAACACCUGAAGCGCAAAAUGGAAAGACCAGUGGAAACCGAUAGUCAGACCGAUAGUCAAACAACGGUCUUCGAUCCCAAUCGUCCCACUGCCGAGUGGCUGAAGAAACGCGAGGAGGAAGCCGAGGCGCAAUACUGGCACUCCUGGCACACCUGCCCCGGUUCCCGGGAUAACGAGACCACGGAGGAGGUGAAGCAUCACCUCAAGCGCAAGAGGGUGGUGCCCAUCCCACCCGCCUACCCGCGAGAUUCCCAACGACGUGGCUACCACCAGAUAGUGCCACCAGCUUACCAAUCAAAAGGCAAAGCUGUUGUGGUGAUCAGCAGACGCCGUCCCUCUGGCAUCGAAAGGCAGUUCCACAAGUUCGCCACAAAACAGGCGACUCCUUGGCAUCCGGACUUUCCCGAAACACUCGCCAAUGCCCAACCUCUGCCUCAACCGAAGGUUGUGCCCAAGAAACAGAAGAAACAAAAGAAGCCCGAGCGGAAGGAGGAGCGUCGCUCGGUGGAGCCACCCCGAUUCCGGAUGGUUGUAAAAACCCGCACUCCAGUCCCGCGUCCCUCCACCCCCGUUUGCAGUUACUCUGGUCACCUGGAGAUCCCGCCCGAGAUCGCCGGACCCAGUGUCUAUAUGGGGGCCCUGAACGCCUGGCGAAACUUCUCCACCGCCAAAUCGAAGUAGUUAUUUUCAGGUGGCAGAAGUCUUCAAAAAAAAAACGUUGUGAAUUGCCCUUUUCAUCCAGUUUAUUUUUGAAUAUAAAUACAUUUGACUCAUCCUCUCACCGGGUUAUGGGAUAUUAUAA